GCAGCUACAAUGUACAGUAUGAAGGACCCUUACAGGGUCUUGCACAGCAUACCGUCCGAAAACUUCGACAGCAUCUUUUAGGCUGACGGCCCCCAAUGUUGAACCAGAUAUUUAAAACUUGCCCAUCCCCUGAUGCGCAAAGAGUGGAUUCGGCAGGGAGUUUGUUCUAGGUCUCUUGUCAUGAAGCUGCUCUCUUUCCGCCCUUGAUCCCCAAUCUCAAACCUUCGUCGACAUUACGCCUCUUCUUUCAUUCAUUUUCACUUUGGCAGGUUCCAAUUCGCAGUCUUUGUGGACGAGAUAACGUUAUAACGUCACAACGUUAUAUCGUGAUCCUGUCGAUUGCCGAGGCGCGUACCAAUCGCUGUUUUUCGUAGAUUCUCCAGGAAUUACGCAAUACUAGUCGCUGUCGAUCGCAGCUUUGACUUCCGAGCUCUCCACUCGUUUCCACGUUUGCUCGCUCCAGCUCAUCUCAGAAUGUCUGAAGACUCGGGCAUCACGAUUAACACAAACCACAAUGGCGAUCAGGGACAUCACGUUCCUAUCGACCAGAAGGGUUCGCACGUCGUCAACGAAGAGGAAUACCCCAUGUCACCACGGCGACAAACGGCAACGCCGAAUCCCUUCAGCAGAAGAAACACGACGAUGGAUAUAGAUGACUAUUUUACGGGACCUCGCGAUCUAUCCAAGCAUUCAAAAUGGCCUCUAUUCAUGCAGAUGCACGGCAGCAUUCUCCCCAAAAUGAUCGUUCCGCUACUCGUCGUAGCUACCUGGGCAACUACUGUAACCGUUAUAUCAAAGCUGGUCCCAAACGUCAAUUUGGGAAUUAGUUCUAUCCUGCUUACCAUCACCGGUUUCGUCGUGGGCUUGGGCUUGUCUUUCCGUAGUUCGACUGCGUAUGAGCGAUACGCGGAGGGCAGGAAGUAUUGGAGUCAGUUGAUAUUUACUAGUCAGGCGCUCGGAAGGGUGUUUUGGCUGAAUGCUAUCGAACGCGAGGGUACUAAGAAGGAGGACCUCCUAGCAAAAUUGACCGCCAUGAACCUGAUCGUGGCCUUCGCCGCAAGUAUAAAGCAUAAGCUUCGGUUCGAACCUUACACGUACUAUGAAGACCUCGUGGACUUGGUCGAUCAUAUUGAUACUUUUGCCAAGUCCGCUACCGAGGAGCACGAGAUGAGACCGAAGCCCGGGCUAUUCAAGGCGAUCGGAGAAAAUUUAGGAUUAUCAUUCGCGGCGUCCAACCCGCGGAAGCUGAUGAAGAAAGCUCAAACCCCUCUCGGCAAUCUUCCACUCGAGAUCCUCUGUUACUUGACGGCUUAUGUAGACGAACUCGCUACCGGCGGACAGCUACCUGUUGGAAUGCAACAGACCGUCGCUUAUAACAGUCUCCAAGCAUUAAACGACGUCAUGGUCAACACGGAGCGUAUCCUUAACACGCCUCUCCCCGUCGCCUACGCCAUCGCCAUCUCUCAGAUUACCUGGCUUUACGUAUUUCUCCUCCCGUUCCAACUACUCCUAGAGCUCGGCUGGAUUACGAUCCCGGCUACCGUCGCGGCGUCUUAUAUCAUCCUCGGCAUCUUCUUCAUCGGGCACGAGAUCGAGAAUCCCUUCGGCAACGAUGUCAACGAUUUGCCCCUAGAGCUCUUCUGCCAGCAGAUCGUAGAGGAUAUGGAAACCAUCGCAGCGCGCCCCAAGCCGCGUGUAUCGGAAUGGGUCGACAACCCGAGGAACAAGGUCUUGUAUCCCCAUAGCGAGUCAACCUAUGACGUAUGGGUACAGCGGCCGGAGUCGGCGAUCCGUAAUGCGUUAAGAAAUAGGCCGCACGCAGGAUUUGACAAAGCGGAAAACAGCUCGAAGGGAAAUCAGAGCGUAUGAGUCCUCCAUAUUAAUCUUCUCCGUCGACGGCAUUCCCCAUUCUAUUUUCUUUGUUUCUAGUUUUCUUCGUAACUAUUUCUGGCUUGAAAUAUCAUAUGGCAGAGGGUAUUCAAAUAUGUUUUUAUAAUCGUUGAUCGGACAGGGCAAAAAAAAAUGAGACUCCGGCGGUAUAUUGAUUUUUGUCGUUAGGUUUAGCGGGACUGCAUUAAAAGUACUACCUGUAUAUACCUUAGGUACCUAUCUAGAGGUAGGUAUAAGAUAAAUACUAGGUACAUAAAGUUUAUUUACAAGGUACCUAUUAUGUAGUUCUGUUGUUGUUUGUGGGAUUCAUGCUGCUAUCGUGAAUGAACCCCGCUAACAUUUUAUUAGUUCAGUUCAUAUUAACCUUGGAAACCUUCAGUAUAAA